AUGGAGCCACGGCAGGGGCCCGCCAGAAAGCCUGGUGAUGAAUGGGAUGGUCGAGGAAGGCCUCGAAGGCAGCGAGCCUCCCGCCACGCCCGUAGUGAGUCAGAGAACGAGGCGUUGGACACUUCCGACAGAAACCUGUCGACGUGGCAAUCGUCGAUUAUGAGUCCAAUCUCAAGGCAGAUUUCCAACACGAUAACGAGACAGAGAAGCCUGCAGUCCGAGGCACGUCCAGAGGAACGCAGGGGUUUAUCGCAGAAAUUUAAUCUUUUUCCGUACCGACCCCAUUCCUCCAACACCUCAAGACCCGCUUCGACAAGCACCUCCUCGAGUUCUCUCCGUUCCCUGACCGACCCGGUGGGCGUCGAUGGGCGCCCUGAUAAUCGAUCGAUCCCGACGACAGGUUCAUCGCCCAACUCGAGCACCCCUCGAGCUAUCGAAGGAAGCCAACCGGUGCCACUUAGCCCAUUGUCCGAGAUCCCGCCCUCCUCCCGUCCUAAUGAUGUAUAUACAGACGAUUUUCCCGUAUAUCCUGAUCAAUCCUAUGCAGUCCUGCAAAGACAGCAAUACCCUCCACCCCACCCACCUCCUCUCCUUCGCUCCCGCAGUUCCUAUCCUUCCCAUCACACCAGAUCGUCUCAAUCACAAGGCCAGAUUUGGGCUCAGGAAUUCACCGACCGCGGACAAACAUCACGAACAGCAGGGAAUACACCCAUAUCAAGCCCUGGACUCUUCUCUACUCACCUCUCUUCGUCUAUGGGGUCCGAAGAUGGUGGUAUCCACACCUCACACCUCCACCCUACUCAUCUUCAGGAACCUAAAGAAACCCAUACAGUUGAGGUCGACCGUGACCUGCUUACAGGAAAUAAACUGAUCAACGAGUACGAGAUCCUUGAUGAGCUAGGCAGAGGCGAGCAUGGCAAAGUCAAACUCGGUCGUCACAUGAAAACCGGACAGAGGGUCGCAAUUAAGAUCGUUCAGCGUUAUUCAAAACGUCGCCGCUUGGGGAAACUCGGAAAUCCGGAGGACAAGGUGAAGAAAGAAGUCGCCAUUCUCAAGAAGGCCCGUCACCCGAACGUUGUAAGCCUUCUAGAGGUCAUCGAUGAUCCAAACCGGCAAAAGGUCUACAUCGUGCUCGAAUAUGUUGAAAACGGCGAGAUCGUCUGGCGAAAAAAGGGGCUCAGAGAAAUCGUAAAUGUUGAUAAACGUCGGCUACACCGAGAGAAGCAAGGCCUAGCGGAAUCUCCCUCUUUCCUUGAAGAGAGCCAACAGUAUGUGAAGACAAUGCAAAUGCGCCGGCAGCGGAGGGAAGCGAUACGCAAGAAGAAACGGUCACUAUCGACAAAAAUGGCCGGAAUUCCCGCGUGGAGCCUGGAACACGGAGGCGAAUCUGAUGAUGAACUGGGACCCGAAUACUCGAUGCCUUCCCUUACGGCCACUUCCACUGCCCAGGAACGCCCAAGUACAUCACUUUCUCCUAGCCAGUCACUCUCGUCUACAAGCGAACUCGAGAGACGUAUUCGCGAGUCUGCUUUAGCCGCCGUUGAGGGUAGCAUGUACGGGGCCUACGCAUCAGAUCCUUCUUUGGAAAGGAGGUUUAGCACAACAUCGAGUAUUUUAGCUUAUCAGUCCUCGGAAUCAGAUUGGUUAUCCGACGAUGAUGAUAUGGCCUAUGUUCCUUGUCUUACCAUUUCCGAAGCACGUUCCGCUUUUCGAGAUGCAGUUUUGGGUUUGGAAUAUCUCCAUUAUCAAGGAAUCAUACAUCGAGAUAUCAAGCCAGCCAACCUUCUGGUGACAUCAACCCAUGUUGUAAAGAUAUCGGACUUUGGCGUCUCCUAUCUUGGCCGGCCCAUCAGGGACGACGAUGAAGAACAAGUCGCAGAAACUGAUGCCACUGAGCUGGAUGAUGCCCGUGAACUGUCAAAGACUGUUGGAACCCCCGCUUUCUACGCACCCGAGCUUUGCUAUACAGGUACCGAAUUUGAGGAUACAAUCGGCAAGGUGCCUAGGAUCACAGGCGCAAUAGAUGUUUGGUCGUUGGGUGUUACUCUGUACGGAAUGGUUUUUGGAAGGCUCCCCUUUCUUGCUGAUGACGAGUUUGGCCUCUUUCACAACAUUGUGAAAAACGAUGUUUUCAUCCCAAGGCAACGUCUGAAACCCGUCGAGGCCGAAAUCUGUUCAACCGAGUUGCCUACGGUUAUGAACAGUAAUAAGCGGACUGAAGACGAGCUUACCUAUGAACCGAUAGAUGGUGAACUCCGAGACCUUCUCAGACGCCUUCUUGAGAAAGAUCCUACGAAACGUAUCACAUUGAAAGAGAUCAAGCAUCACCCUUGGGUACUUCAAGAUAUACAAGAUCCGAGAGUCUGGGUGGAGCAGACCGACCCUGGGUAUCAGAGCAAGGGCAAGAGGAUUGAAGUUUCUAACGAGGAAGUGACACGAGCUGUCACGAAGCUACCGUUUAUAGAACGAGUAAGAUCAAAUGUCGCACGCUGGGGAGGCAAUAUCUUUGGUCGUUCGAGGGAAAGUAGAAGAAGGGCUCCGAGUUCCGUGACUUCUCCCGAUGUUCAGUCCGCUUCAUCUUCGAGUUUGACAAUUGGCAAAGAUAUAAUACGAGAAUUGCGGCGAUCGAGCCUGAAAGGCGAUGAAGUUACAUCGCGGACGCCGAAACUUAGCAGAGAGAGCGACCAUCCUCUGUCUCAGAGUGUAGUCGCCAGCCCUGUUCGUGAAAGCGGUGAUGGAUACUUUAGCCAAGAUCAUGCUAGAUCUUCCGACCGUCGCUCUCCAGAUCGAGACUCGCGGCCGGACCUACCAGAACGCAGCACAUCCACCUUCUCCAAUGCCGCGUCCAUAAAAACGAUUAGGCCCACAAAACCUGAGCCAAUGCCCGCCCAACAUGAUAUGUCCUCUUCGUUCAUUUCUGAACCAAGCGCAUCGGCGAAUAUAAGCGGGAUAUUUGGUGGAGCGGGUCGAAAGCUCGUCAGGAGUCUGCACCUUAGUGAAAGGCGCCGAGACAAGUCGCCCUUUUCGGACACCUCUUCAUUUGAUGGUGAUGGCCAUGGCUCUCCAAGUGUAGCUGUCACUACUGCUUCUGCAACUGGCCAUGUGGAAUCCCCCGAUAUCCGAGACUCUACAUUGGCCCACGCCGACAUCAUCGAAGAUUGGAGCGCUACCGUUCGGCCACCCGCUCGACACAGACGAAGCGUAUCACACCAGUGUAUCCAAGGAGCUCCAGUUGAGCCUUUUCGACUGACUUCAGAUUCGCUUCAACGGCAUCGUGCCCAAGGGAACACUGCCCUUCAUGUGAACACGGGAUUGGCUCUCGACUCGCAGAAUAAGAAUCGUGGUCAAAUAUUUUUUCCGAAGGAGACUGAUUCCGACCAAGGGGAACGAGAGCAAGCGGGCACAGAUAAGCCUCUGCGACCAAUGACCUCGCCUCCUUCUGCUAUCACCAUUUCUUCGUCAUCGGCAGAUGAUUUGACAAGUGGGAUGUCUUAUUGCGCGUCCCAUCCCAGCAUACCGUCUGUUGUCUCCGGGGCAUCGUCUAUUUCAAAUGAUGGGUUUCACGCGUACGGUGGAGAAUACGAAAGGGAUCCUGACAAAGUACCUCCCCUUCUUCGCACUGCAGAGACGGUCACGACUUCAAAGCGCUCGUAUGAACGUCCCCAUGAAGAUGAACUGAAGUACGAUUGCGACGAUGAAGGCGACGGAGACAGCAGCGACGAAGGAAUCACCUUCGGCAGGAAAAGGUCCAAAUCCACUGUCGAGAGAUCGACAGAUGACUGCAUGACAUAAUGAUCCACUCACUCCUUUUGCUUUCUAUGUGGCCGAUUCACAGCGUUUUUGCUAUUCAUAAUUUCGCUGCCGUGUAUACGUUUUUCACCUUGCAGAUGGCCGUUUCUCGUCAUCUCCCGACCUCUCAUCUACCAUCAUCGACCCUUACCUCCCCGCUCGGCCCCAGUCUACAUACCCACUCCGGUUAAAGUCGCCAAAGCGGUUUCGAAAUACUUAAAAAAAAGCUGGGCGAUGUGUCCUCCUGUGGAUUUUUCCACUUUUUCUUUCCUUCUAGACAUAUUACAUAUUUUAUCGCCUUAAUUUCUCGAUCAAGCCAAUAAGAAAAAGUGGAUCCGGGUGGUUCAAAUUCUCUUUGGCCCUGUUUAUUCCCCGCUUCUAUUCGGAGGUCCUAUUUUUGUCCGGAUUCCCUUUCUUUUUAGUUGGAAGACGGAAGAAGGUUUGGGGCGGGUUAUAUUAUCUUCUGUGAUCGGACUUGGAGCAUCAUCAUUGGGCAUAAACUUCUUUGAAUUGCCUUUCAUUUUUUUUUUUUUUUUUUUUUCAUUUUGCGUUCGACGUCUGGCAUUUUGGAAGUUGGAUACCUCUUCGUUGUUUUGCAUCUAGUUGUCUAUAUAUUUUUUGAGAGCAUUUCAGGUAA